AGAAGAUUUAUGUGAUCAAUUUCCCAUAUUCUAUAUUUUCUUUGAAAUUUAAUGGAAAAUUGGUAUGGAUAUAAAAUGAGAAGGUUUCGUAUUCUUAAAAAUGAGACACAUUAUACAAGUAUUUAUAAUGAAAGUGUUGAGAACACAUGAAGAAAAAUGAGAACGAUAUUGCUAAAGAUGAUUAUAAUAUAUGUAUCUAUGUACACUCUAGAACCCAUUAAUUUAUAUUGUUUAUAAUUUAAAAUUGAUAGGAUUAGCGUGGGUAAUCGGGAAAAUGCUAUUAUCUCCUCUCUUUAUCCAAACAAUUGUUUGAGGUUUUUAUAGUUGCAAAUAAUAAAUAAAAAGGCGACCAAUGAUAUAGAGAAGCAUUGAAUUAUAUUUAAAAUUUUAAAUAACUAUGAAUUUUUUCAAUAAAUUGGUUUAAAUGUAUGUUACUUUCAGUCUGUGAUUUACAACAAUCGAAAUAAAAUUGUCAUGAGAUUCCUUGAUUUGUAAAGAAAAAACUUGUCAAACAUAAUAUUUCAAAGGCUCUGUCUCUACACUUCUUUAAUUAUUAAUUUAGUUGCUGAGUUUUGAUUUUACACAAUUUAGUUUUUUUAUUGAGGUAUUAAAUUGUAGUUAGCUUUAGCAUUCUGGAUCUGUUUUACCUUUGAUAGUUAAUGAAAUUUUCUCAUUGUUUGACCCAAAAAAAAAAUUAUAACGAGUUAUAAAAUUAUAAAAACUAAAUUAUUUUGUGUAAAAAAAUCCAUACGAGGUAGAUUGUUUUUAUUUUUUAGUCAAAGUUUAGAGACGGAAAAAAUAUGGGAAAAACAUUAUAUUUUGCAAAUUUAAAAAUGUCUUUGAUCCAAAAACCAAAUUUAUUUUCAGAACUCAAGUUUCGAUUUUGUGUUUUUCUAGAAGCAUAAUCCAUUCCAUGGUGUUUCCCCUGCCCGGUUAGUAAACCUGCACUUCAACCCCGCUCACCCUCCCCCAAGCAGAAGUUCGGUGCGGCAAGAGGAAACGCGAGGCCCUCGGGAAUAGCACAAUGCUAACGAGACAGCCGUUAGCCGGAUCCGACCCAGGAGUUGGAAACAGUUUAUCGCCAUCAUUAAUCAAUUCCUAUAGAAUCAACGCCGUUGCAGACCGACUAGCUCAGCAUGUUCAGCCUGGCAACCCGCCCGACCCUGGUGAAUUCUUCAACCUCUGCCUUUCCCUCUCGAGAGGUAUUGAUUAUGCACUUGCCAAUAAUGAAAUUCCAGUGAAAGCUCAAGAUUUGCCUAAAUUAUUGAAACAGAUAUGUCAACAGAAAUAUACUCAUUUCUUAGAAGCAGCUAUUAUGGUUCUGAUGAUAUCUGUAAAGCAUGCUUGCAACCUCGAAUGGUUCCACCCGAAAGACAGUGAAGAUCUUUUGACUAUUUUUAAUGAGAUGGGGAAGAGCUACUGUAGUACAGGGGAUGUUAAUGCUGGACCUAGUCAUUACCAGUCCACAAUUUCAACAAUAAUGGAAAGGUUUUAUCCAAAUUUGAAAAUGGGGCAGAUACUUGCAUCACUUGAAGUCAAGCCUGGAUAUGGAGCUUUUGUAACUGAUUUUCAUAUCACAAAGAGUACAGAGCAUUCUCCGCAGGAUAAAAUUUGGUUAUUGGUAGCACAGACAGAUAACUUAGAGACAUCUGCAUGCCUCGUAACUCCUCAACAAGUCAGCUUUCUUCUCAAUGGAAAAGGAGUAGACAAAAGGACUAAUGUUAUGAUGGACCCUGGACCACAAAUGCCAACAAAUGUGACUGGUAUGCUUAAAUAUGGAACGAAUCUUCUUCAGGUUAUUGGCCAAUUUAAUGGUGAUUAUCUUGUACUUGUUGCCUUUAUGAGUCUCAAAUCUUUGCCUGAGGAUCCAGUUAUUCCGGAUUAUGUUCAGCCUGCUGUUACCUCACUCGAUUCAGAUUCUGAUAUAAUCGAGGGUCCAUCACAAAUUUCACUUAAUUGUCCCAUAAGCUUUAAACGUAUCAAGACUCCUGUUAAAGGACGCUCAUGCAAACACUUCCAGUGUUUUGAUUUUUUUAACUUCAUCAAAAUAAAUUCAAGGAGGCCAUCCUGGCGCUGCCCUCAUUGCAAUCAGUAUGUCUGCUAUGCAGAUAUUUGCCUUGACCGAAAUAUGGUUGAGGUCCUUAAAAAUGUGGGUGACAAUGUUACGGAAGUGGUCAUCAGUGCAGAUGGGUCAUGGAAAGCAGUUUUCAAAGAUGAUGAUAAUGUGGAUAAAAUGCAGAAUGGUGCCCACAAUUCUGGAAAGGAACUGACUGAGCCAAAAGAAUCUACUUGCUCCCCUGGGGUUCUUUCGGAUAUUUUGGACCUCACCAAUGAUGAUGACAUGGAGAUAUUGGAUGCUUGUGAAACCUCUGACAGAAAACCUCCCCUGGCAGAUCCUCAAAGUCAAUCUACCGUCCCAAUUUUAACUUCCUUGGGUAUGAACUCUGCUGGGGUGAAUCAAGAUGCGACCACUCAAGUGGAAGAUGACUUUUGGACUGGAGUUCACCUUGCUUCUGGUAGGUUGGAUGCCCCAACAGUUGUUGGCAACUGUGCGCACCCUGUUCUGACUGAUGCCAUUUCUCAAGCAAUUAAUCAAGAAGCUGAGGAUCAUGGCAUCGCUCUUCCUUUGAACUCCACUCUGCAAAAUCAGUUUUCUGCACCAAACAAUUUCCAAAUGCAGCAGCCAAACCAUUUGAAUUCAGCUAUCAAUGAGAGUGGGAGGUCACAACAAAUACCAAGACAUGUUAAUAGGAAUCCAGUAGCAAUUCAGGCCCUCCCAGCACAAUCCCAGGCAUUGGGACCACAGCAAAGAUCAAGAACUAAUUUGAGUCCCUUGAUGCCCAGUAGUUCCACUGUUGCUCCUCGUGUUUCUGUGUCCAGCCCAGCCAAUGGUCUCAGUCCUAUACUGAGUGAUACAGAAAGGUGGCAGCACUUCUCCCGACCCACUAUGAAUCUUCCUCAGGUCGUGGGCAUAACUUCAUCUGUAUUGCAGCAUCACUCAGCAACACAGGGCCGAGCCCCACAGACAACUAAUGCUUCAGCACCAAGUCAACUGCCAAAUUCAUACAAUACACCCAGCUUUUUAAGUGGAUUUCAAAAUGCACACCUACAGCAAGCUCUCAAUCCAAGAACUCAAUCAAUUGGUCAGUCAUCAAGUGCUGUGCGUUCCUCCCGAUCUCCUAUUCCAUUGGGUGGUUCACAAUCUGGCAUCAGUCGGGCAGCAGGAAUUCCAGCAAAUGGCCAACCAGCCAGGGAUAUGAAUGCUGGGCGGGUGGCCAGACAGUCAACACCCUUGCCAAUUCAACACCAAAUUCCCAGAGCAGCCUCGUCUUUUGCCAGUGACAGUUUCCGGGGUUUGUCUGGUGAGCGGAGUGGAAAUGUGAGAGGACCAGCACAGCCAAUAUCUAGGCCUGCUGGUUUAUUGAAUUUGCAAUCAGAUUCGGACUGGAGGCCGACAGGUCGAAUGCGUGGGAGUCUCACAGGUCGGCAAUAUUCUGAUGCUGUUAGACAGCUUAUAAUUGAGCCAACUCAAUCAGCGCAAACUGCAAGGCCGCUGGCGCCUCCGUCCGUCCGACCAACUAUUGUAUCACCCCACGCCAGGUAGUGCCCAUUGGGUAUGAUAAAUGCUUGUAAUUAUCCUCUAACAAGUUAAUAUUUCAUGCUGUUUUUGUUCAAAAUGUACAGUGUACAUGAGGAGUCUUUUUUCGGGUCAAUAUGGUUUUAUAGUUAAACAUACCCCGUAGCAUAGAACUGCUGUUUGGAAAUAGCUAAUUCUGCUACUAGUAUUUGAAGAUAUCGUUAUGUCAAUGUAUAUUAUAAAGUUUAUAGGAUGUUUUGCAUGAGAUUCACAUUCCAAAGUGAAUACGAAUGUGGAUGCUGAUGUUAUCGUUC